AUGUCUCUUCGCUACGCCUCGCAGGCCGUCAGCGGCGCUGCUGUCCGGUCGUCCGCCGCUCCCAUGGCCCGAUUCGCUGCCCCUGCUGCUGCUGUUGCCCAGCAGACUCGUCUCUCGUCCGGCCACGCCAUUGCCAAUCCCACACUCGCCGGCAUCGAGAAGCGCUGGGAGGACUUGCCGCCGCAGGAACAGGCCGACUUGUGGAUGCAGCUCCGGGAUCGUAUGAAGGUGAACUGGCACGAGCUGACCCUUCAGGAGAAGAAGGCCGCCUACUGGAUCGCAUUCGGAGCCCACGGUCCCCGCAAGGAAACCCCCAAGGGCGAGGGCUGGAAGAUCUUCUCCAAGGUCACCCAGCUGGUCGCUGCUUCGGUCGCCAUCUUCUACUCUACUCGUUUCUUUGCCGGCUCUCCUCCUCGCACAAUGACCAAGGAAUGGCAAGAGGCUAGCAAUGAAUAUGCCCUGAGAGAGAAGAUGGACCCCAUCACCGGUAUCAGCAGUGAGGGUUACCAGGGCGAGGGUUUCGUGCAGAGCGCCCCCGAAAAGACUCAAUAA